AUGGCUUCUGCUUCUUCCAACCAACAAACCGAUGACAGUAACUUGCGCCGGCCUUCCUUCCAGCAACGAUUAUCAUCAUCCCAGACUUCUGCGGACGCCUCUGCCGAUUCGAUGUCGCAAGUACCUGGCGGAAGUCCCGUCUUGCUAAACGACCCGUUAGCGAACGAGCAAGACGGCGCUCCCAGUUCUCUCCAAUCAACUCUUCCAUCGAUACCGCGGCAGCAAGAUGUACGAAGAUGUUGGAUAUGUCAGAUGGAUGAAACAGAGGAUACGCCUGAGAGCUCAGUGUGGAGGAGUCCAUGUCCAUGUUCCUUAGUUGCCCACGAUGAGUGCCUUUUGGAGUGGAUUGCAGAUGGAGAAGCUCCUAAAGACGGCGGAGCCGCUUCGACGCAAAAGUUCUUUUGUCCCGUAUGUAAAGCAGAGAUACAUAUCGAGCGGCCACGCGAUGCGCUGGUCGCACUUUACGACCAAGUGCAAGGUGCUGCGAAGUCUCUCGCCUACCCAACAGCCAUCAGCGCUUUGCUGGGCUGCGGUUAUGCGGGACUAUUUGCAUAUGGAGUCAACACGCUUUAUCUCGUCUUCGGCCGUGAGGAAGCUGUAAAGAUCUUGGCCGCAAUGCGAGGACGUCAGAUGUACGACUGGAGUGGCAGAUUUCUGGGUGAAAGAUACCAAGAAACAAUCGGCGCGCUCAUAGCCAAUGCAGAUCCUUUCUUCCCAAGAAUUGAUCUGAUCGGAUGGAGAGGAUUUGUUGCUCUACCGAUGAUUGCUCCUUCCCUGGUGCUUUCACGCUCUUCUCUGGGACGCUUUGUUUUUCCUCUCAUGAUAUCCGGUUACUUCGUCUACUCACCUGCCCACCGAGAUAUCUACCAUUGGCCACCACCUCCAGGCUUAGCGUUUGCAACACUCCCGCAUAUCUUAGCCGCUUACAACAAUGUUUAUCGACAUACCUUCGCCAAAUUGGAGACAAAGUGGGAUCAAGCCGUUCAACGUAAGCCGAGAGAAGGGGAAACAGCAGAGGAAAUCGCUGAACAGCGAGCGGGCGAAGAGGAGGAUAAUAUCUUCGGUAUAGAGAUCGUCGAAGAAGAGGUGCAUCAUGACCAUGAAGGGAAUGUCAUACCCGCAGAAAACCAACUACCGCAAGCAGAUGGGGCAGCAGACCGGCCACAAGAAGGACAGCCUCGGAACAAUGAAGACAUCUUCUUCCAGCGUAAUUGGUCGAUGGGCCGAAUAAUCAUGAAUGUCACGGGUGCUUUGUCAUUUCCACUGAUUUCAUCAGUAAUGGGCACUCUUCUCGAAGUUCUACUUCCAGCAAAAUGGGUCGGUCAUGGCUCUUUCGGUACCCGGCUUAGAGGACGCGGCAUUCUAGAACAGAAGUGGGGCAGGACCAUAGUUGGUGGUUGUCUAUUCGUGGUAUUAAAGGACGCCCUUACACUAUAUUGCAAGUGGAAAAAGGCUGAGAACUUCGGCAAGAGAAAGAUAUUAGAUUACAAACGGCCUCGAGCACGCACGUAG